AUGUUGAUGACGGGAGUCAUGGGCGACCAGGUCCUGACGACGACUGGCUUCAUUGACUGCGGAAGCAUGCCUUCCAUUACGAUUAAUCAACUGAGCAUGACCUACGACAACGACGCCCAACUCAUCACGUUCGACAUCGAGGGCACCAGCACCAACAGCGAGAAUGUUACCGCCACCCUCGAUGUUACCGCCUACGGCAUCAGCGCCUUCACAAACACGUUCAACCCUUGCGACCCCGAGACGCUGGUUGAGCAGCUGUGUCCUUUACCCAAGGGCAACUUCGUUGCCAAGGGUAGCCAAAAGGUGCCGCCCCAGUAUGCGUCCAUGAUUCCAUCCAUUGCUUUCAGCGUUCCGGAUAUCGCUGCAAACGCUGUGAUGAAGCUCAACACAGUCAACGACAACAGCAUGGUGGCCUGUAUCCAGGCUCAGAUUACCAACGGGAAGACGACGUACGUGCCUGCGGUGUCAUAUGUGGCGGCGGGCAUUGCUGGCGUGUCCCUCGUUGCCAGCGGUGUUUCAGCAGUGGGUUCUGCUCUAUCUGGAGGUGCUGCGGGCUCCGGCGUGGGAGUGGCGACGGUUGGUCCCAGCUUCACCGACGUUGCUGGCUGGUUCCAGGGCAUGGCCAUGAGCGGCAUGCUCUCCGUCAACUAUCCCCCCAUCUAUCAAAACUUUGCAAAGAACUUUGCCUUCUCCGUCGGCCUCAUCCCAUGGAACGGCCUGCUGACCUCGAUUGACGACUUCCGAGCCAAGACGGGCGGCAAUCUUACCGAAGACAGCGUAGCCUACUUGAGGAACAUGACCCUUGCUCUCCAGCAGAUGCAGGCCUCGUCCAACGUGACCGAGGUCAGUGUUUCCAGGCUCCUUCGCCGAGACGAUGUAAGCUUGACGGAGACCGAGGAAGACAAGCUGAGCCACACGAUCUCCGGCAUCAAGAACUUUGCCGAGUCGUUGAGUGUUCCCAAGUCGGACAUGUUUAUGACGGCAUUCCUCAUUGUGGCCAUUGUCAUCGCCUCGGUCGUCAUGGUUCUCUUGCUGGUCAAGGUCAUUCUCGAGUUUUGGUCUCUGUAUGGCAAGUUCCCAGAGUCCCUUUCCGGUUUCCGCAAGCAUUACUGGCGAUCCAUUGCUCGAACGCUCACCACUCUCAUCCUGCUCCUCUACGGCAUCUGGGUGUUGUACUGUGUGUUUCAGUUCACGCUUGGAGACUCUUGGGCAGCCAAGCUGCUGGCCGGUCUUUCGCUGGGUAUCUUCACCGGCGUUCUCAUGUUCUUUGGUUUCAAGAUCUGGAGCACGGCACGCAGGCUUAAAGCUCAGAACGGCGACGCCGCCAAGCUCUACGAGGACAAGCAGAAUUGGCUCAAGUACUCCAUGUUCUACGAGGCCUACCAGAAGUCGUACUGGUGGCUGUUCAUGCCCGUCAUCCUCUACACCUUUAUCAAAGGCUGCCUUGUCGCCGCGGGCGACGGCCAUGGCAUGGUCCAGACCGUCAUCAGCUUGAUUCUUGAGCUGGCCAUGCUGGGCCUCCUUGUUGCCACCCGCCCGUUUGAGCGCCGCUCCAGCAACAUUAUCAACAUCUUCAUUGCCAUUGUCCGAGUGCUGUCUGUGGUUUGCGUCUUUGUCUUUGUUGAGGAGUUCAACGUUCAACAGACUACACAGACUGUCAUGGGUGUCGUCAUGAUUGCCAUCCAGUCCACGCUGACUGUUGCGCUUGCACUGCUCGUCGCAUGGAACGCGAUCAACGCCAGCAUUAAGAUGAACCCCCACCGCAAGCGCAGAAAGGAGAUGGAGAAACUCCGCGGAGACAUGGACGAUCUGACCCCCCUCGAUGCUCGCAACUCGCUCCUCAUCAAGAGGGGGGAUCUUGAGGCCUCAUAUGUCGCCGAUCACGAGGAGAACCUGCCUCCCUACUCCAAGGGCGGAGAUCGGUACUACGCGCCAAGCAUCCCGGAGUCGACAGACCGCCAGGACGAAAAAGCCGGCUUUGCGCCGCACCCCAUGUACCGCGACCUGACGGCCAACCGCCAGCACGGAGACUACAACAGCUCUGCUGGCGGAGACGGGGUGAAUCCGCACGAGUUUGUGAGCGACAAGAAGUACUCGGAAUACCGAUAG